CGGACGCCAGGGGCAGAUGGGUGCAUUGAAAACCCACACCGGAUAAGAGAAAAGACAAAAACACAAUUCUGCACGAGGAGUGUGUGGGGGCGCAAGGGACUGUUUGUGGCUUGUUUUGUUUAUUUAUUGCGUCGGCGCGUGGGGAAUGUAGUAGGUGUCACGGCCGCCUGCAGGAGGAGGAUGGAUGCGUAACAGGAUUGAUCGAGCCAGCUGUGGCCUGCUUCUAACAGCAACAUCUGGUAGGGUCAGAGAAGGCGCCUCAGCAGCCAGCAAGUUCUGGACUAUAGCUGCGAGGUGGAGGGGAUGGAGGAGGGGGACGCAGAGAGGGAAGGGCCCAUGGCGGUCAGAGAGGGGCAGAGUGGUCACGCCCUCCCUCCGAACGCCAGCAGCAACACCACCACUACCACCACCACCACCAACCUCCUGGCUUCUGUCAAAGAGCAGGAGCUUCAGUUUGAGCGGCUCACUCGGGAGCUGGAAGAGGAGCGGCAGAUCGUGGCAAGCCAACUCGAGAGGUGCAUGCUGGGAGCUGAGUCGCCAGCUGGAGACAGUAGCAGCUCAUCUGAGAAGUCGUUUGCAUGGAGAUCUGCAGGCGGAGAGUUGCAUGGCGGAGUCAUUGAGCCGUCUGGAUGCCCAGGUCGUCACCUGGAGGCAGAGGAGGGAUUCUACAUGCCUGAACCGGACCGUGCCUCCCUGCAUGACAGUGAGGGCUCAGGAGGUCACUCGGCCCAGAUUACCUCGUAUUCAGACAGCGGCUACCAGGACAGCAGUGUUAGUUAUUACAGCAACCAGAACGUUGUGCGUUCGGAGCCCCGAGCCUCGAUAUCGAGAAGCCCAAGAGCUGAGGGUCAAGCCUCUGGGCAGGUGUCUGGCCGGAUGUUACGGAGGAUGGCCUCCCUCCCCUCCAGGAGCCAGUCUCCCGGAUGUGGCACUGCUGGCACUGUCUCACCCUCCCGGAUCUCCCUGCUAACAUCCCAAGGCAGCACCUACGACUCACCCAUCCUCUCUGAGCCAAAACCUCUGGCCGCCAUAUUCCCCGGCACCAGCAUGCCGCCCUCCUGCCCUUCGCCAACCUCCCCAACAGAGGGCACACAGGCCCUGAGUGGUGGGGGAGGAGGAGUGGUAGGAGGAGGAGGUGGUCGUCUGGGCUCCACCCUCUCUCUGGUGGAGGGAAAGGGUUUGACGGGGUCACCACUGCGUUCAGGUAUGACAGCGGUGCCUCAGCACUACGGCUCCACGCUGCCCAGGCAGAGCCAGCCGCUGGCCUACGGAGCUGAUCCAUACGGCCUGUACCAGAGGAGCGCACUCCCCCGCCCCGACAGCCUCAUAGGGCUUCACAGCUCAUACGCCGGUCAGACGGGGCAGAUAGAUCCAGAGCUGAGGGCAGCGUCUCCAGACUGCCACAUGACUCCCGUUUUCGAUGAGCGCUCGUUCCACAGCCCCCUGUUCCAUAGCCCAACCCACGACCCCCAGGGCUCCCUCUACAGGACAAACACUGGUAUGGGGACCCUCCCUCGGGCUGAAAGCCACUGCAGCACGCUGCCGUACCAAAGAAGCAGCUAUGGGUUGAGCACUGCAGCUCUGUACGUCGACUCCUACAGGGUCUCCGGCGAGCCCGUCUACUCCCACCGGCACUCUGGACUGAUAGACCGGGUGGCCACACGCUCCCCGUCAAUCGAAAGCAUCCAUAAGGACCCCAGGGAGUUUGCUUGGCGUGACCCCGAGCUGCCGGAGGUCAUCUACAUGCUGCAGCAUCACUUCCCCUCCGUCCAGGCCAACGCCGCCGCCUACCUGCAGCACCUAUGUUACGGAGACAACAGAGUCAAAGUGGAGGUGUGUCAACUUGGAGGGAUCCAGCACCUGGUGGACCAGCUGGAUCACAAGGUGGCUGAGGUUCAGAAGAGCGCCUGCGGGGCCCUGAGGAACCUGGUGUAUGGCAAGGCCACCGACAACAACAAGGUAGCACUGAGGAACUGUGGAGGCGUCCCCGCCCUGCUGCGCCUCCUGAGGAAAACAACUGACAAUGAAGUCCGCGAGCUGGUCACUGGAGUCCUGUGGAACCUGUCCUCAUGUGACGCAGUGAAGAUGACCAUCAUCCGCGACGCUCUGACCACGCUGACCAACACAGUCGUCAUCCCACACUCAGGCUGGAGCAGCGUCUCGCACCGUGAUGAACACAAAGUCAAGUUCCAGUCCUCCCUGCUGCUACGUAACACCACCGGCUGUCUGAGGAAUCUGAGCUCAGCAGGUGAGGAAGCCAGGAGUCAGCUGCGUUGCUGUGAAGGUCUGGUGGACUCGCUGCUUCACGUCCUCAAAGCCUGCGUCAACACCUCCGACUACGACAGCAAGAUCGUGGAGAACAGCGUCUGCACGCUGAGGAACCUCUCGUACCGGCUGGAGGUGGAGAUGCCCUCCUCUCGUCUCCUCGGCAACCAGGAGCUGGACACCCUGCUGGGCUUCUCCUCUCCGGCCAAGGAGCUGGACUACCUCUGCUGGGGCAAGAGGAGGCGCGGCAGAAAGAGGGGCGGCUGGCCCGACGACAAGUGGGAUGGUGUCGGGCCGAUCCCGGGUUUCUCCCAGGUUCUGAGGGGGGCAGAGCUGCUGUGGCACCCAAUGGUGGUGAAGCCAUACCUCAACCUGCUGGCCGAGAGCUCCAACCCCGCCACCCUGGAGGGCGCUGCCGGGUCGCUGCAAAACCUCUCUGCUGGAAACUGGAAGUUCUCAGCCUACAUCCGAGCAGCCGUGCGUAAGGAGAAGGGUCUGCCCAUCCUGGUGGAGCUGCUGAGGAUGAACAACGACCGGGUCGUCUGCUCCGUCGCCACCGCUCUCCGGAACAUGGCCCUGGACGGCCGCAACAAGGAGCUGAUAGGAAAGUACGCCAUGCGGGACCUGGUAAACCGGCUGCCCGGCGGCAAUCCCACCGUGCUGUCAGACGAUACAGUGGCAUCGGUCUGCUGUACGCUGCACGAGGUCACAAGCCGCAACAUGGAGAACGCCAAAGCUUUAGCCGACAGCGGAGGCAUUGAGAAGCUGGUGGACAUCAGCAAAGGACGAGGGAAAGGGUACUCGAUGAAGGUCGUGAAGGCGGCAGCUCAGGUGCUGAACACGCUGUGGCAUUACAGAGAGCUGAGGAGCCUUUACAAACAGGACGGCUGGAACUACACUCACUUUGUCACCCCUGUCUCCACUCUGGAGCGAGACCGCUACCUUUCCCAGCCGACCCUGCCCACCAGCCCGCUUGAGAUGUCCCCUGUCAUCCAAUCAGGUGGUAGUGCAACAUCCUCGCCAGCGAUGCUUGGGAUAAGAAGACACAGUUCAAACUAUCAGAGGACGCAGUCAUCUAUGCAACUCAACGCGUAUUAUGGAGACAAUAGUUUACACAAACAGCAGUACACAGGGUCCGAGAAGAAAACUCCGUAUUUCAUUGGGACUUAUUCUUCCCAGUCAGGGGAGGAUUUGAGAAGGUCCCAGCACACAGAGCCAUUUUACGACGAACCCGACAGGAAGAACUACAACAGCUACAGAAUGUACCUGUCAUCCCCACAAGGCUACGGAGAGGAGCCAUAUGAGGACGAACAGGUCCACCUGACGCCGUCCUCUCCCGACGGCUAUGCCGGCCAGUCGCUCCAAUUCAAAGCCAACACCAACUACGUGGACUUCUACUCCACAACACGGAGGCCUUCAAACAGGGCCAACAAGUUCACCGGCUCCCCCGACUCCUGGGUGUAGAAACAAAACGGACGCCGUGUACGUUGAGCUUCACCGUUUUGGCCGUCUGUCUCAGUGGGUGUUUGUGUGCACAUGGGUGGGUACGCUGUGUGAAAGGAUGGAGGAUGCAUGUGAAUGUGUGUGCAUCUGUGUUGAAACUGUGCUGAAUGACCAGGGCUUGGUUUGGUACACGCAGCUUUUGACUAAUUCAGACCAUGUGCACAAUAAUGCUGAUAAAUAUCAACCAUUCCUUUAUUUCUUACCUUCCUUCCACACUGAAAACCUUGUCGGACAGUGAAUGCGUGGAGUGGAGUGUUUUGAAAUCAGGCUUGUCAUUCUGAAGUUUAAAGCUAAAACGAUUAGUCAGUGAAUUGAUAGUCGACAACCGUAAUAAUAAGCAGCAGUUGCAUUAAGCAGCUCUAGAAGCUUCCACUCCCUGGAGAGACGAAAACAUCAGAUAUUAGUAGACUCAUUAAUAAUGAAACAAACAUAAAUGCCGUUUGUCAUCACAUUUAUCACAUCGUUUUCAUUUGUUUGUAGUUUGAAUGGCAUUCUUUUUAUUACAUCAUUUCAAUGCGCCCUCUUCUUCUGCAGCAGAGGUUUAAUUUUAACUGACUGGAGAAGCCACCUACUGUUGUCAGAGGAUUAUGGAGCCCUUCUUUUUAUUACAUCAUUUCAAUGCGCCCUCUUCUUCUGCAGCAGAGGUUUAAUUUUAACUGACUGGAGAAGCCACCUACUGUUGUCAGAGGAUUAUGGAGCCCCUAAGGGGACAUCUGAAAAAAAAAAAAAAGAGUAUCUGGUGCUCACUAGAUACUUUCAGGUGCACACCAGAUAGUAUCUGGUGAGCAGGAGAUACUGUCUCUUGCGCACCAGAUCCUUUCUCGUGGGCAUGAUGUGUCCUCUGGUCCCAUGGUUCAUUAGCAUUUUCUUUUAUUGAUUUUCUGGAAUUUUGGUUCAAAUUUGUGUAAUAUUUCGGUGAUAAGCUGACAGUUGUUGCCUACGACGGUGGUGUUAUAGAUCACCUCCUCUGUUGAGCGAUGGUUGUUCCAGGUUGUUCACACCAGGCUCAUGUGACUCACAUGACUACCAGGUGGACUAACAACCCUCGUGCAACCUUUUACGACUCUGAAGGUGCCAACGACCCCACAGAGGUUAAAUACCUGGGUGGGGAGACCGUGUCAAACUGAUUGGAAAAUGAGAAAUGUAGAUGUAGAACAUAGGAUAUAUUGGAUAUAAAACAUUUUCAACAUUAUCUGCAUUAUUACGGACAUGGAUGGAGCUUCAUUUCUGUCAUAUUUGAGUAGCACAAAGAUGGGGUUAGUCAAAAGGUGCUUUUUUUUUUAAAACCCAGGCCUCACCUUGUUAUUCACCAGUGUUUGUUAAGGUCAACUGAUUUAAUUUUCCUCUGCUGUAAAAGUGUGCACUGUGUUGGUUUGAUAACAUAAAUAUCGUUCGCAGCAUCAUCAUGAAUACGAGAGAAAAAGAACUUAGUGAGGCUGAGGAUCCUGUAACAAAACCACACCUGGGACAAAUACUAUUUACCAUAUUAGCAGCACUGUUUGAGUGUGGUAAAUAAAACCAAACAGGAUAAAAGUUGCUCCACAAAUUGUUGUUAAAUAUUAUUCGAAACAGGUUUGGAGACCUUACCAAUGAGUGUCAUCACUCUCGGGAACCUUUUAAGACUCAGAGAACCAGGGUUACAUCUGUAACCCUUUGCUUUUCUAUAUGUUGGCCAAAAGUGCAGUGUAUAUCAUAAAGUAUGUGAAAUAUGUGACAAAAACAUGUGAAAAUCUAUUUGUACAGAUACAAUGGUUUAACUGUCCUGUUACAUUGUUUUAUUCAAUAUGUAGAACUUUAUAUGUGAUUGUGUGAAGAUUUUUCUAUUAUUUAAUAAUUUAUUUGUAUUAAUUUACUUGUAACCUGACCAAAAUACCCCGUCUGUCUGUUCUGUCCCAAAACUGAUGAUGAUGAUGAUGAUAAUGUGCAAUGUUACAGAGGGAAAUAUAUGUAUAGGGAUUAAAGAUUAUAUCAUGACAUGA